AUGUCAACUAUGAAUCUGAUUUUCUAACCUUAAUUGAUAAUUUAGAUUAUUUUACAUUUUUAAGAAAUUAACGAUUUAAGUUUUAUUUUAAGUCUCAACUAUCACGCACCAUACUAUUUCGGAUCAGCAAAUAGAUAAUACAGAAUAUCAAAAUGUCUGAAGCUAAUGUUGGAUCAGCUCCAGCGUCAGGCGGCGCAUCUGCAACUAGUGUUGCUGAAGAACAGCGUUCUGGAAGCACUGCCGCAGGCUCUGGCUCUGGCACAGUGGCAUCAGAAGAAAAAGUGUAUGGUGGUUGUGAGGGUCCAGAUGCAAUGUAUGUAAAAUUGGUAUCAUCUGAUGGCCAUGAGUUUAUUGUAAAACGGGAGCAUGCUCUUACAUCUGGAACAAUCAAGGCCAUGCUUAGUGGGCCUGGACAGUUUGCUGAGAAUGAGGCAAAUGAAGUAAACUUUAGAGAAAUACCAUCACAUGUGUUGCAAAAAGUAUGUAUGUACUUUACAUACAAAGUGCGCUACACAAACUCUUCAACAGAGAUACCAGAGUUCCCUAUUGCACCAGAGAUUGCCCUGGAACUCCUUAUGGCUGCGAACUUCCUCGACUGUUAACUUGAAUUGGCAUGCACUACAUUGCUUGCGCUUAGAGUUAAGCUAAAACAGAGCCACUUAUCCAGACAGAAUGUGUUAACCAUGCUAGUUUAUAUUAUAAUUUUAUUGUCCUUAUGUUUGAUAUGAGAUUAAUAACUUACUGUUUGGCAGACUACAUUGGCGUGAGCCUCAAUUCCAUAUUCUAAACAAUUAAAUAUGGCAAUAAUAGAAUAAUUAUUACCAUAUCCAUAUAAAUUUGACAUAUGUGAUGGCAAGAUUGUGACAUUAUAUGAAUUGGAAUUGAUACUGGUGGUGCCCUUUAUAAUCAUCUAGCAUUAAUUUAGGUCACAUGAUGAGACUCUAAGUGUUAGCGAGUCAGUGCAGAACCUGUAUUUGGGUGCUUGUAGACUUGUACAUCUGAUAUGUAGAAGGCUGUUUGAAUAUAUUGCAGCCAAAAUCGUCUAUAGUGCCAUGAAGGCGCAUUUUAUUUUCAUUUGUUAAACUGUUGUGUACGGAGUCUAUAAUACACAGGUUAAUGUGUGACAGGACUCAAUAACGUAUACUAAGAUUACAUACAAGUCUUUGUAAAUAUUUUGAAAGUCUCAAAAUAAGCGCCCUCUGACGUUUUUAAAUUAUUUUUUUACGAUUUAGCCACAGAAUUUAACACUUAUGAGUAUUUUUAUUGUAAUUUUUUUAAGUAACAAAACGUCAAGAAGAGCUAAGAAUAUCCAAACAUCUGGAAUAGCCCAGGCUAGUUGUUGGAUUUGUACAUGUUUUUUUAAAAAGACUUUCAUUUUUAAGAUUUUGCCGCUUUAAAUGAACAUGUGUCACGUCACAUCUAUGAAAAUUGACAUUGACAGUGCAAUUGUGAAAAGUGUUUUUGAUUUGUAUAAAAUAUUAAAAUUGUUUAAUCACGCUUCUAAUACCAAAAUAAAGUGUUCACUGUAAUAAUUAGAUUCCAAAUACGUUUUUUAAAACGAUAUGUCAUUUCAGAAUACGUUUUGGAAUCCCGUAUUUUUUUGUCUAAAAUUUUAUUUGUCGUAAUAACUUAGCUAAUAUGAAAGUGUGGCCGGUGGGUAACUUAAAUUAAUUUUAGUUUGAAUUCAUAAACAGAUGAAUAAUGACGGAAGAGUAGACAAUUCGUCACGCGAUCAAACAAUAAUUAAUCUCAGCGUGUAACUUGGCCAGACUUCGCGUGAUUUUUGUAAGAAAAAAAUUUAAAUGACCAUUUUAUGUGUAUGCCGUUGAUUUUCUCGAGAUUUUUCUAAGUAAGCCAAAUAUUUGAUAUUGACACGAAAUGCCACGAUAAAUAAGCAUCAAUUCUAAUAUAAAUUUGUGAUUCUCGAAAAUCAGCGAUAUGCGAACUUGUUCUAGUACAAAUUUCGGCGAAAGCCCUUUCAAUAUUUUUCCGUGUAUUAUAUGAAUAAUUCACAGCGCUCUUUAUUUAUGUUGGAUACUUGCAAAUAUAUAUUUCACUAUAAUUGCAUUUUCCUAUUAAAUAAUCUGUGAACAUUGUAUAUUUCAAUAAGUUAUGAUAAGAAUUUCCCUGGAUUAAAUUGUUUUUAUCAUUUGUAUGUUUUGCUAAUAAAUAUUCUUUAAAAU